AUGGGUUCUCGCUCCACCGCCGGUCCAGCGCUCUUGAGAUCGUGGUUCUCUUGGUUUCGAGGCUCGCUGCUGCUCCGAUUGGUCGGCCCACCCACAGCCCUUCUGGCCCUCUACCUCGAAGUCUACGGCAGCUCCCCAGCCGCCGCCUCGCUUAUUCUUCACCGACUCGCUCGCCGCUUUCAUCUCCCAACCCUCUUCUGUGCACUCGCAACCACGCAACGCAGGCCGAAUCCUCUGUCAGAUCGUGGUCCACCACCUGCCAUGGAUCGAGCACAGACACAAACCCUGCACCACAAAGGGGCAGACCCGUCAUCCCACGCCGAAAUAUCAUCUGCCCACGCCGCCUCCAUGCCCGCCUCUCCCUCCCAACCUCCUGCAAAAGCCAUGUCGGCGCACUCCCGUUCAAAGACGGUGGACAUUGUCGGCCAGGGCAAGCGCCUCUCGCUGCAGUUCCCUAUCCAACCCACUGCAUCCGCAGCCACUCCCGCUUCUGCCACACGCACGCGCCCUCAUAAGCGCCACAACCAGGUGCGCAGAGUGGCUCCGCUGCAACCUCUGGAUACUUCGCUUGCAAACUCCCCGCCCACCCUGUUCGAUGACGAUGCCUCGGGUCUGUCAAUGCAAAAGGAAAUGGAGCGCAGGAAGAACCUCCUCAGCCACUCCAAGCCCGCACAACGUAAGGUCUUCAGUGGCUCGCGCCAUUUGCGCACCCUGUCGCUCCUCUCCCCAGACCGCGUCGACUCGCCCUCCUUUCCCCACACUGCCGACCUUUUGGACAACCAAUCCCCCAGCAUGCGGCCUCUGCAUUCCGCGCGAACGUCCACUUCGUCAGAAAUCACGCGCCCACUAGUCUCCCCCGCAGAGCAUGACCGUUAUGACAUGGGUGGCAUGCCAACCAUCCAGCGCGAGCAGCUCAUCCGUGCCGGCACACAAAUGGCUACCGACUUCAAGAAGGGAUUGUUUACUUUUAUCGAAGACAUCCGUCAGGCUACCGUUGGCGACGAGGCAGUUCACACCACCGACUCUGCUUCUGGUUCCGCUAGCGCCAAGGGUUCCAAGACUAACCGCAAAUCGUCUGAAACUCGCCCCCCACUUAGUCGUUCUGCUAGCUCCAAGAAGUCGACACAACAGACUGGCUCCUUUGGCGAUGACUUUUGGAAAGAAAUGGGUCUCAGUGACCCCAAGGCUACGGCCACGAACAAGAAGACGCAGGCAAUCAAGAGCACAAGUACUCCACAAAAGCAAAUACGCAAAGUGGCUUCCGAGGAAGAUUGGGACAAUUGGGACACCCCCAAUGACUCGCUCCUGGUAGACGUCACAGAUCCCAAGGACAGUUCGGACGACUCUGACACCCACAAUUCGUCCAUCUCCGGCCUGGACAACUCCAACACCAGCAGCAGCGCCAGGUAUCAUGCCAAACGCCAUGAUUCUAAAGCCUCGUCGCUCACCUCAAUCAACCAAGACGACUUUGUACCUCGCGAACAAAAGCGUUCUUCCAUCACCUGGCCCGACAUGACAAAAGUCUCGCCUAGCAACUUGAAGCGUACGGCUUCGCAUCUGAUGAAGGAGUGGGAGAAGCAGCUGACGCCUCCCCCAGAGUCGAGGAACCAAGACUACGCCCAUGGCGACUACAUGAAUUAA